UUUAUCAUCCAAUAUAUAAGGAGAUAUACAUGACUACUCAGCAGGAUAAUAUCUGAAACAAAAGAAAAUAGAUAAACAGCAUCACUAUAAAGAGUAGUCGAUCGCGUGCGCAACAAGGAAGAAAUAAGAUUCAAAAAGAAAGCUUGAAGGCGACUGAGAAAGGAUGGUGAAGAAGAGUGCGCUUGAGUUAUGGAGUAUCUUCAAACAGAGACUAAGUCCGGCUGAUUUCAAGGCGCUCACCUCCUUGUUGAUAGAUUCUAAUCGCAAGAGAAUAGGCAAGACCCAACUCAUAGCAUCUGCUCUGGUUUUGUUCAAGAACGACGAGUUUCUUCACCGAUGCUUCACAGAUUUUCUAAACGGUAAUAACUCUCAAGAAGAAGAAGAGGAAGAAGAAGAUAAAGAUGCAGCGCUGAGUGAGGUUGAGGUUGAGUCGCUCAAAAGCUUCUGUAAGAAGAUCAGUGAGGAACUGGUGGGUCCUUCCGAGUUGCUGAAGUUAGUCUCCUCCAUUAAAGACCUUGGUGAUAAAAAAAUCAGGCUCAGCCAGUUCUGUAAAUCUCUUCCGCCUCUGUUCAAGAACAAUGCUCAAGGAGAUGAUCAUGGAAAGACACAACAAAGGGUUGAAGAUACGGGUCUUGAACUUGAAGAAGGUGAAAUACGAGAAGAUGGUCUUCUUCGUGAUCCAUACGUUGAACAAGAUCGUCUUGGUAUUAGGGCUAAAGAAGAUCCAAAGAUUGGAGCCGAUGCUGAGAUUAGGGUUUCUGAGGGGAGAGAGUUGGUGAAAGAUGUUACGCAUGGUUUAGACAAGAUGGAUUUGGAAGGGAAGAAGAGAAGGAUAUUGCAACCGGAACCGACUGAUGAGAGGUCUCUGAAGAAACCAAGAACGUCGAGGCGGUUAUUAGAACGAGUGACACCGAGCUAUAUGCUUAUCCCUGAUGAAGAGCAGUGUCCUGACUCAGACGACAAUGUACUGAACAACAAGUACUCUCUGAUGCAGUUUAAUGGUUCUUCGAGACGUAAGAAACUGAGCAGAUACGAAGAAGCAAUGGCGAGAUGCGAAGAGGACAUGUUUGAGUCUGAUAUGUUGAUGGAAACUCUGAAAAGUGCAGUGGAGAGCGCUGAGAAAGUUAUAAGGGAGAAGAUGAGCGUGGAAGAUCUUGGAGUAAAGUUCUACAGAUGCAUCGAAAGGCUGUACCGUGGAGAUAUGUUUGAAGUUGUAAGAGAAGACCACAAGAAGGUUUUACCUGUGAUCUUAAGCAGGCUGAAGCAGAAGCUUGAUGAGUUCACAGUUGCUCGGGAGAUAUGGAUCCCUAUGUGGAAGCGAGUCUUUGAAGAAAACACUGCAAAGCAAAGACAAAGAGAAUCUACUGCACAAAAGUGAAAAAGAGCAAAUUUUUGAAUCACGGCGAUAAAAUGUAACUAAGUAGGUUUACUUUUGGUUUGAUGUCCCCCACUUUUAUGAAACUGUAUAUUUCAAGAAAGUUUUGUGAAUACAGGAAAGGCAGAUCUUUAACACAAGGACAAAGUGUUCAAGCAGAUCAACCCAAAUCUAUAUCUGUAUUAUACCGUUAUUAUAAGGUACCAAAAUACUCAUUAGUUGUUGAUAUUUUAAUUAAGGUACCAACAAGAAGACACCUUUGAAGUAGAAUCAACAUUGAACAGCAAAUCAGUAGAAACUCCUGCAAUUAUCUUUGCUGGAAUUACAAGACAAGGGCACAUAAUUACAUCAAGUAAUGUAUGGAACAACUGUCUGCGAGGUUAGAAUGUACAUUAUAAGAUACAUAAAGUUAAGAUUGGAACGCAAGAAAAUUGUUCAAACAAAACUAAAGAUCAUACCUACAUACAUCCUCAUGGCAAGCUUUUUAGUUUAACGAUGUCAGCCAAAACCUUUUAUUUAAAGCAAACUUACCCGUCUAUUCUAUCGCUAAGCAAGGAUAUACAUGGUUCAUCAAAAGCUCACUCCUUGAAAUUGCUUAAAUAUUUUUGUUUUGGUCCUUUCACCAGCCAUUUCAAGUUGAAUAAGAUGAUUUAAAGCCUUUUAAUUUGGACAAAUAUUAAACAAUUGUGUCGAAGUCAAUACUGUUGCGACCCUGGCCACUAUCUUUUCGAAGUAGUUUUUGUUCUUUCGACUUGCACUUUA